AUGCACCGGGAACCAAAGGCCAGUCGGGCGCUCCUCUCCGCGCCCUUUCCUCCGAAUCCUCCUCAUCAUCUUCCCUCACCAGCAUCCACACCUUCGCCAUCAUCGUCAUCACCACGGCGCUUCAAGCGCUUCUGCAGUCUCCUACCCACAUUAAUAACAACAUCCUACCGCGCGGUCCUUAGCUCCGUCUGUAUCAUGGCCGUCCUAUUCUGGCUCGUCCACCUCCUCUUCUUCUCCCUCUUCCCAGAUUUUACCACCGGCAACCCCUCAACAACAUCUCCAUCCUCACCACAAGAAGAACCCUCAGUAGCCGACCUGGCCCUCCAAAAGGUCCUCAAAGACGGCCGCCGGAUCCUCGGCCCCUUCCCCUCCUCCUUCAACAAAUCCGCCGCCGCCAAGCGUCGCGCCCAAUGGAUGACCCCCCUGCCCGAUUCUAUCCCUCUCACUGCCCUGAAAGCCAUUCCGGGGACGCACGACAGCGCGACAUGGAACUUUACUACCGAGACAAGGAACGCGAUCCCUUCCAACCCGUCUUACCUGCCGGCGGAAUGGUUUCGGUGUCAAAAAAGAAGCAUCGUGGAGAGCUUGGAGGCGGGGAUCAGGUUCUUUGAUUUGAGGUAUGCGGCACUUGAAGAUGGUGGGAAGCAAGGAGAGGAAGGGAUGAGGUUGGUGUUUUGGCAUAAGAUGGUGCUGUUGAGCGAAGUUGCGACGGUGGAGGAUGUGUUGUUUGGGUUUUAUGAAUGGUUGGAGACGAGGGGGAAGGGGGAGACAGUGAUGAUUAGUUUGCAGUAUGAGCACCCAACCCGCUCCAAAGCCUCCAACACCCCUCAAGUCCAACGCCUCCUACAUUCCACGCUCACCACCCCCGCCGCCCGCCGUUUCAUCUACCCCUCCCACUUCCUGCCUCCUACACUCGGCCACGCCCGCGGCAAGAUCGUCCUCCUCAAACGCUUCGACUUGCCCGACCUGUCGUUAGACCAACAACUCGCCAUACCAGGCCUCAACUUCUCUCCCUCGCUCUGGCCAGAAAACAACAGAGGGUUCGAGCUGGUUUACAACCAACUAGGACUCGACGACGACACCAAAGACGAAAACAAGAGGAGGAACGAGACGGCCUACAUAGAAGAUUACUUUGAGCCCAACGACCUGCCUAACCAGAUGAACGGGACGGUGGAGGAGAACGUGGGCGCCAAGUGGGAGGCUGUGGAGGAGCACUUGAGAACGGCGGCCGCGGCUUCGCAGAGAAGUGAGGGGGAGGAUGAUGGACUGUGGAUUACCUUCACGUCGGGGGAACAUGUGUUGAAUGAACCGAAUAUUACGCCGGAGGUUAUGGCGUUGGGUCCGGAGGAGCAGCGGAUGCCGGGGCGUAAGGUGGAUGGUGGUAAGGGAGGGACGGUGAAGGGGGGAGUUAAUGAGAAGUUGUUGGGGUUGUUGAAGGAGGGUGGAUCGGAUGGUUUAAGGGGGAAGAGGUUAGGUGUUGUGGUAAUGGAUUUUUGGGAGAUGGAAGGGGAAGGCGAUUUAAUUGGGGCGCUGUUGGGUUUGGACUGA